UCCAUCCUCUAGAUAUGCGCUUCUCGACACAGCUGACCUUCCCUUGACAAUUAGAGAGACAACUGUGGAUUACCAGUUUCACAGAAUUGUCCUGUUUCAAAGACUUCUGGAGGGUUAUCCUUACACAAGAGAUCGUAUAGUACGAGAAGCCAGAAUAGACAUUCCUCCUUUCCUUAGAGGAAAGAUAUGGGCAGCGCUUCUAGGGAUUCAGGGUGAUAUCCAAGGUACAUAUGACGCUAUUGACAAGGAAUCUUUCACUCAAACAGACAGACAGAUUGAAGUCGACAUUCCUCGAUGCCAUCAGUAUGAUGAACUGUUGUCUUCACCUACUGCUCAUGAGAAGUUUAAGAGGAUUUUAAAGGCUUGGGUUGUGUCUCACACCAGCUUGGUCUAUUGGCAAGGUCUGGAUUCUCUCUGCGCGCCUUUUCUUUCACUCAAUUUUAACGACGAAGCUCUUGGAUACGCUUGUCUGGCGGCUUUCAUUCCCAAAUAUCUUCAUAACUUCUUUUUGAAGGACAAUUCAGCCAUUAUACAAGAAUAUUUGGCAGUGUUUUCUCAGCUUAUCGCCUUUCAUGAUCCUGAGCUUUUUAAUCAUCUUCAUGAAAUUGGAUUCAUCCCAGAGUUGUACGCAAUUCCAUGGUUUCUCACCAUGUUCUGCCACGUGUUUCCUCUUAAAAAGAUUUAUCACCUUUGGGAUACUCUGUUGCUAGGCAACUCAUCCUACCCACUGUGCAUUGGUGUCGCUAUUCUAGAGCAGCUACGAGAUCAGCUGCUGUCGUUUGGUUUCAACGAAUGCAUCCUUCUGUUCUCUGAUAUGCCAGGAGUCGACAUUGAUCGAGUGGUGCGAGACGCUAAGAGGAUUUUCUGUAACACUCCGCGUACAGCUUCAAUGAGACGACAUGACAGAAUGUAUAACGAUCCAAAUGUGAAACAUGAGAAAGAGUUUAUUCCGCUAUCACAGCUUAAAGCUGAAAUCUGUCCCCGGAUUUCCGCUCAAGAUCUUGUACACAUUUGUGAAUUGGACGAAAAUGGAGGUGCCAGAAGCCCAAGGAAAACCAAACCUCGUGGUCUGAUCGUAGAUGUCAGGCCGGCGGAGGAAUUCGCAUGUGGCCAAAUUCCCGAGAGUGUUAACAUUCCUUACAAUCAGGCGUUCCUCGAAGAGGGCGGACUGGCUCCAUCACCGGCAGCAAAUACACUGACUAGCUUCAAAGGGAGAGUGAUUGUUGUUGUGGGAAAUCGCAAUAAUUACCCCGCUAAGGUUGGUACUGAGCUUGUUCAACUUGGAUUUUCGAGAGUUUGUGUCUUGGAAGAACCAGGGUUGUCAAUUCUUCGCACGCGUGGACAUCUUGCAGUUCCAACUUAAGUAUCUGUGAGGACGUUUCAGUUGGAAAACACAUUCUAUUUCCUUAAUGAUAUUCAGUUCAGCCAAUAAUGUGGUAGUCUUCAA